GUAGGACUGUGGUCCCUCGUACUCGCUGGAGCGAUUCGUAUUCUAAGAAAUAUAAAGAGGAGCCAAGAAUCUUUCUUGGGCAACCAUUGCACAAUCCUGCAGUGUUUUUUUUUUCCUACAGUACAUGCUCGUCACAAUGUUUCUGCAAUUUGUUGUAGGCUUGUCUGUGCUUGGCUGGUCGCUUGCCGCGCCGCCUCUGACUACGAUCACUCCCUCUCCUCCAUUACCGUCCAUCUGUGGAGUCCUGAGCUACGAGCCAGCAUGUCCGACGGGCUAUGCAUGUCAGCCUAUUGCACGUUUCUGUACCCAGCUGGAACCGGACGAGCUCUGCGGUACAUGUUCUCCUAUCUCAACCACGACCACAGCAACAUGUCCUUCGGGCUAUACUCGAGAUUACCGAUAUGGCUGCCGCCCAACUACCACAGCUACGUCGUCUAAAUCAACGUUGACAUGCCCUCCUGGAUAUACUGCAGAUUAUCGAGGAUAUUCGUAUUGUCGAGCUACAGUUCCAGCAACCGCGCUUCCGGAAACACGAACGACUCCUUGUGCCCAGGGAAUGACGCCCGACUACCGCGGAUUCUGUCGUUCCACGACACCGACGCCGACCUCAACUAUUCACACGUGCUCCCCAGGAUGGACCACCGAUUAUCGCGGCUUGUGCAAGCCUACUCCAACUCCUACAGAUGAUUGCGUUUCGGGUUCGUAUCAAGAUUACCGCGGUAUGUGUCGGUCGUUCACGCAUACUUUCACUCCAUCAGUGACACCGAUCGAGAAACGCCAAGUGACUUGCUCUCCAGGUUGGACAACGAAUUACCGUGGUUAUUGCUUUCUAAUUCCUUCCACUUCUGCACCGCCAACAACUCCCUCGAAGCAACCGGUAACGUGCGGACCAGGCUCAACCAGCAAUUAUCGUGGAGUGUGCUUCCCCAUUCCCUCCCCUACAGCGACUAUGGAAACGCAGGCAACCACUGAGGGACCGAGUUUGAAGUGCGACACGAGACAUGAUCCAGACUGUCCGGUUGGCAUGCGUUGCGUCGCGGUUGAAAAGUGUCCUCCUUACUCGCCGUUUUGCGAGGGUGUCUGUGUGGGAAAGACCGGGGUGAAUCCAGGAGGGCCUAUGCAGACUGAUUGAAAGCCACACGAACGACUAGUUGCAAGACUUGGGCUUAGGCCGUAUCUUAGUUCAAGUGUGAUUUGAUGGAAUUGUGUGAAGACGAAACAUUGAGAACAUGAAAUGUCAAGCCUUUCCAUUACUGUUCAUCCUAAAGCUCUCAAGUCGACUUUUUGUCUUCAUACCAACCUUUGUGAGCGCUAUUCAGGAUUUGGGAUAUCCCUAAUGUGGUACUCCGUCCGCAUUGCAAACUACCUAGGU